GCGACGUAGUAACAACACCCACCCCCUCCAUGCUCUCCGCCAUCCAAAACUGCACCCUCCUCGACGACGUCUUCAUGGAAGACCCGACCACAAUGUCCCUCGAAUCCCACCUCGCAGCCCUCACCUCCCAAGAAGCCGCGCUCUUCGUCCUCUCCGGCACAAUGGGCAACCAGCUCGCUCUCCGCGCGCACCUAACACAACCCCCACAUUCCAUCCUCUGCGACUACCGCGCACACAUCCUCGAAUGGGAGGCAGGCGGGGCUGCUUCCCUUUCGCAGGCUUUGGUGAAAGGAGUGGUUCCGAAAAAUGGGGUAUACUUGACACUGGAAGAUAUCGAGAAGAAUGUCGUGCUUGGGGAUGAGAUACAUGGGUGUCCUACACGAGUUAUCGCGCUAGAGAAUACACUGGGCGGUACGAUCAUGCCGCUGAGUGAAGUGAAGAAGAUCUCGGCUUUUGCGAAAGAGCAUGGGAUUAAACUUCAUUGCGAUGGGGCGAGGCUUUGGGAGGCAAUUGUUGCUGGUGCGGGGUCGUUGCCGGAGUUCACCAGCCAGUUUGACAGCGUCAGUCUUUGUUUCUCAAAGGGACUUGGUGCUCCUGUUGGGAGUAUCUUGGUUGGAAGUAAGAAAUUUAUUAAGCAGGCGAGGUGGGUGAGGAAGAGUAUUGGUGGGGGGCUGAGACAGCCUGGUGUAGUUACUGCAGCGGCGCGGGUGGCUGUUGAUGAAACGUUUGGUAAAGGACCGAAUGGCGAAGGUGGCUUGCUCAAGCAAAGCCAUAUUACGGCGAAGAAGAUCGCGAAAAUGUGGACAGAGAUGGGCGGCAAGUUGGAUCAGCCGACGGAGACGAACAUGGUGUGGUUUAAUCUCGAGGACUUACAUAUUACAGGCGACGAGUUCGCGGCGAUUGGGAAGAAGCACGGCUUGAGAUUCUUGGCGGGAAGAUUGGUGGUGCAUUAUCAGAUCAGCGACGAGGCGGUUGAGAGGUUGGAGGGAGUGAUGAAGGAGGCUAUUGGUAGGAAGCACGCCAAUGGAAACGGGACAGCGCAUAAGAAGAGAAAGGUGGGAGAGAAGGCUUAUGGUACGUGAGAUCUAGCCCAUAGAUAAGGGCCACCUAGAAAGAGGAGAGCAUUAUUGAAACAUAGAAAUAUAUUUCAAGCGAUAGAAAUGUCAUGAAUCUGUCCACCGGGUCUUUGGUAGCCAAAGGGAUUCCGAC